UUCUACUAAGACAAGCUCAUCAAAAGCUCAGAGCAUACUGCAAAGCAAAAUAUCCUCAGAAUUUGCACCUUGUAUUGCUUGGCUAUGGCAAUCUUUAUGGCGCCAGAAUGUGCGCCCUUGAAUGACGUCACGCGAAUACGGGCUGCACGUAGGCAAAGGGACGAUGUUAUGACUACAUACACCCGAUCUUAGUAAAUCGAGAAAAGAUCGAAUACAUGCAUACUCCAAUGUUCGUUUCUUUUGAUAGAAGAAACGUAACAUUAUUGCGGGUAGACAGCCAACUAGGUUCUGUGGUGGAGAGUCGAGGGCGUAGGAAGGGCUGAAGCGGAUGCCACGGACACCUUGAAGCGAUGUCUGCUAUUUCAGUGUGCUACCAAAGGGCGAAUUCUUCAACUCUUUAAGAUCCAUCUCGAGGACUUCACUCUCUCUCGCUUCAGCGAGAUACCAGGCACAAACAUGACAACACCUUCCCUAGUAACCAAGUGGGCAAAAGCCUGCCAUGCAGACCAACUUGCCAAUUACCCGCCUAACAACGUAGCCACGCAACUCAUCGCCAUUCUCGACCAAGUACUCUCUUCUCGAACCUCACCGACAGCCUCCGCUUCCGCGACGGCAAACCUAGUUCAGUCUGAACACGACAUAACCCACGGAUUGUCAUGUCUAAUAGACCUCUUCCUCUUCGCCGCCGCACGAAACACUAGUCUCGACUCACUAGAGCUCCUCGUAUCCUACCUCGUCGAACUAGCCAAACAGCCCGAUGCCAUCAACGAAGGCCCCGAGCCCAAGGUAUGGGACGAAGGCGGAGGCGUGAUGCACGAGAUACCAUCCGGGGCGCCAAUCAUUGUGGAAGGAAAACAGCUAUGGAGUGAGUUACCGAUGUUAGGUUGGAACAUCACGGAAUGGUUUCAAGGACCUGAGCUGUGGACUCACAGCCAUUGUAAUCCAACAACACCAGAGGUUGCGGCGGCUAAAUGGAAGGACAUGAACAAGCUGAUCGCGGUCAUCGCACGGAAUCCUGAUGCCCAGGUUCUACCAUCACUCGCCCGUUACAUCAAUCUCUCUCGUAUAACUUUGUCCAUGGCACUGGAACAUAGUCCCAACACACGGCUGGGCAAGAACACCGCGAUGCAUCUACCCGCCGCUGCGUUGUGGUUUUCGAUCGCGGGUGGGGAGCUAGAGAGGAUGUGUGAGGCCGGCGAGCAGAAGAUGGCUGCUGGAGACGUUUGGGCAGAAAGAGUAAGGGAUAACGGGAGCGGAGACAGUGCGGUGGUUGAUAUGACCAGAUUACAGUUCUGGAAAGAGAGGUUGGCAGAGUUACAGCAGAUGUAAAGACGUCUUACUGUCCCCUUACAAACUAUUACUUAGCUGUGCGCGUGGCUUUGUCCACAAUAGCGGAAAGCUAUACCUUCUCCGUUAAUGCCUAGGUACAUACCAAAUACUCGCUUCCGCUUUCUUCUGACAAUCACUACUAAGUUCAACCUCGC